UCCAACGGCAACAGGGACGAGCGGGUCUCCUCUCAUAUUACUAGAUAUAUAAAUCUUCUCCAACGGGCAAACUGGUAGCACACCAAAGCCUCAUAUUACUAGCUAGAUAGAUAUCUUCUCCAACGGGGACGAGCGGGUUUCCAAUUCAACAACGUCUGGGGAUCCAACCAAGAAUCCCAUCUCCUAAACUGCUUUCUCACGCGCGGUUGAUCAGCUAAAGAAUCCGUCAAGAAAUGUGGAGAAUCUUGGAGCAAAAGGCAUGGCAUCGAAAUUUGACACUAGAAAAACUGGACAUAAACUAUCUAAAAACUAUCACAAAAAAUUUCUCUGAAGAUCAAAUAAUUGGACGCGGUGGGUUUGGAGUUGUUUACAAGGGUGAGAAAGAAAAUGGUGAGGUUGUUGCAGUGAAGAAGCUUAUUUCAAGCACGGCACCAAUGGAUGAUAAGCAAUUUAUGAACGAGGUUCAGCAUGUUAUGGAUAUAUGCCAUCCUAAUAUUGUAAGACUAGAAGGCUAUUGUCACCAAACAGAAAAGGAAAUAAUAACUUUCCAAGAUGGACAGUCAAAAUUCGUGGAUGAGGAGUAUAGACUUCUAUGUUUCGAGUAUCUCCCUAAUGGAAGCCUCGACAAGCAUCUCAAUGAUGAAUCUUCUGGGUUAGAGUGGCACGCACGUUACAAUAUAAUUGAAGGGAUUUGCACCGGUUUAUAUUGUCUUCAUGAAGGUAGAAAAGGUGCACCGGUUCUUCAUCUGGAUCUAAAACCUAGCAACAUAUUGCUAGAUAAGAACAUGACACCCAAAAUCGCUGACUUCGGCUUGUCAAGGCUAUUUGAUGGAGGAAAUACUCAUAUUAGCACCGAGCAUGUAGUCGGAACACGAGGAUACAUGGCACCUGAAUAUAUAGAAAGCAAAAUUCUCUCAGAAGAGUCGGAUAUAUUCAGUUUGGGCGUUAUACUCGCACAAAUAGUGAUCGGACAGAGGAAGUACCCUGAAGGAACAAGUAAUGAGGAGUUCAUUGAGGUAUCUGAAAAAUGGAGGACAAGGUUACAGAAAACAUCAAAGAAGACAUCCUUGGAAGCGGAGUGCCGACAAGUAGAUGAAUGCAUUCGAGUAGCGCGAAAAUGCAUGGAUAAAGACCGAAAGAGAAGGCCAACUAUAAGAGAAAUAGUUGAGAUUCUUGAAAAAAUUAAGUGUUCGAAAGACAGACAAGUGAUUGGCAUCGAUCUCGGCACGACCUACUCCUGUGUUGGAGUCUGGCUGGAUGGUCGUGUGGAGAUUGUUGCCAAUGACGAAGGAAACCGCACAACACCGUCAUGUGUCGCCUUCACCGACUACGAGAGGUUUAUUGGCGAGGGGGCUAACAAUCAGAUAUCAAUUAAUGCAUCGAACACCAUCUUCGAUAUGAAGCGGCUCAUCGGCCGGAGUUUCUCUGACCCGUCCGUGAAGAGCGAUGCCAAGUAUUGGCCAUUUCAGGUGAUCCAGGGCCCCGACGAAAGGCCCAGGAUCAAGGUGAGUUACCUUGGCAGGGAGAAGUUGUUCUCGCCGGAGGAGAUCUCUGCCAUGGUGCUCGUGAAGAUGAAGGAGACAGCUGAGGUCUACCUUGGACCUGGAACGACCAUCGAGAAUGCUGUGGUGACUGUCCCAGCCUACUUCAACAACUCCCAGCGCAAGGCGACCAAGGAUGCUGCCACCAUCGCCGGCCUUAAUGUCUUGCGCAUCAUCAACGAACCUACCGCAGCGGCCAUUGCCUACAGCCUUGACCGGAAGUGGGGCAACGCUGAAGAGAGCAUUGUGCUAGUGUAUGACUUGGGCGGUGGGACGCUUGAUGUAUCCCUCGUCGUUGUCAAGAAAGGUCAAGGGUCUGAGAAAGGCAUGCUGGAGGUCAAGGCUACCGCCGGCGACACUCACCUCGGAGGUGAGGAUUUUACCAACAACAUGGUGGAUCAUUUCGUCAAGGAAUUCCAGAAGAAAAAGGGCAAGGAUAUCAGCGGCGACAAGAAGGCGGUCCGGCGCCUGAAGAACUCGUGCGAGAAGGCCAAGAGGAUGCUCUCCUCCCACGCCCAGACCGUUGUGGAUGUCGAAGCUCUUUUUGAGGGCAUCGACUUCUACUCCGAAAUCACCUGCGGCCUGUUUGAUCAGCUGAACAAGGACCUGUUCAGCAAAUGCAUGGAGCCGGUUGAGAGGUGCCUGUUGGACGCCAAGAUGGACAAGAAGAAAGUGGACGAUGUCGUGCUCAUCGGGGGCUCCGCACGGAUCCCCCGCGUGCACCGGCUCGUCAAGGACUUCUUCAAUGGGAAGGAGCCCUGCCAGAGUAUCAACGCCGACGAGGCCGUUGCAUAUGGAGCCACCGUCCAGGCCGCCAUCCUCAUGGGCCACAUAGAGCAUGACAUCCACCUGCAUCUCAUCGACGUCAUUCCGCUCUCACAGGGCACCGACGUCAAGGGAGGACUCAUGAGGGUGGUGAUCCCGAGGAACACCACCAUCCCCACAACCAAGGAGGAGAACUUUGUCACAACUAUGGACAACCAGUCCAGCAUGAGUAUCGGCGUGUACGAGGGCGAGAGGGCCAUGGUAGACGACAACAGCCUGCGCGGCAAGUUCAUGCUUUCAGGCCUCACGUUGGCUCCUAAGGGAGUCACUAAAGUCAACGUGCGGUUUGAGGUUGAUGAAGACGGGAUCCUGCACGUCUCGGCAGAAGACAAGAAGUCUGCUCAGAAGGAGAAGAUAACCAUCAUGAAUGACGUGGGGCGUUUUAGCAUGGAGGAGAUUCAGAGAAUGGUGGAGGAGGCCCAGGAGUACAAGGCCGUGGAUGAGGAACACAAGAACAAGGUACAAGCACGGAACGACAUUGAGGAUUUGCUAUACAAGAUGUGCAACACUCUCAAGCUCCAGGACGCAGUUGAUGAGGUUACAAGCUGGCUCCAAGACAACAAGCUCACCACCAGCCAGAUUAAUGACAAGAAGAAGCAGAUUGAGGGUCAAUACAACAGCAUCAGCAGCCAGAUUGAGAGUGCUUCUCCCUAAUUGUUCAAUAAGUCUUCCCGCCCAAGAAAUAUGUUCAAUGAACUUAUUGCCCAAAAUGUUGAAUAAAAGUGUAUUUUUUUCAUGUAUGUCA